AUGAAAACAGAGGCCGAGGAGUGGAAAAAGAACAUAGACCGCCUUGCCUCAGAAAAGGAGGUUGUCCGAGCUCAACUGGCCUCGGCUGAGACCCAACUCCGAGGAUUGAAAGAGAAGGCCUUGGUGCAAGCCAAGGAAAUUGAGGAGUUCCAGUCUCGGUUGGGUUCAACAAAUUUUGAUCUAGAGAGACUGGCCACAGAACUUGCAGUGGCCGAAUCGGUGGUCGAAACAUCCACGGCAAAUGCUGAUGCAAUGGUGGCCGUUUAUCGGUCCGAUGCUGAAGCUGCUCAGGUUCGAGCAAUGGAGGUUGCCAAAGCUGCUCAGGCUCGAGCAAACUUGGUUGAAAAUGCUAAAUUCCAGUCUCAAAGGGAGACUCUUGAGGAGAUCCAUUCUUAUGGCUUCGAUCUUACAACCGAGAUCGAGAAUGCUAAGGAGCUCGAAGUCGAAGCCAUAGUGCUGGACUUUCCUGAUGAUGAUGAUACCGGGAGUAUGAGCGGAUCUGAAAGCGAAGAGGCCUCGAGGACGAAGAUGCUGCUCCCGGAGAGGACUAAGUCCUUUAGGAUUAUAAGAGGACCCCAAGCCCAAAACUCGAAAGGUGAAGAAGAAGAAGGUAAUCGCUCUUGCGGCGGACUAAGGGAUGAAGAAGAAGAAGAAGAAGAGGAUGCUUUGGCACUGGUGGUUCGAUCUGCGAAAGCUAUCGAGGUCGCCAAACCUUCUGAGCCGAUGGAGGCUAUACCGGUCGGGGUCGGUUCUGAUACCCCGAUGCUCGAUCAAAGCGCUCUGAGUGAUUCGCUCGGGACCAUGAUAGAGGGUCGUUUGCCUUCUCUUCCGACCUUUUCUGAGGAGGCCAUUAGCAAGUUUCGAGCCGAUCUCAGCCAAUGUGAGCUUCUUUGCGGCCAAAAGGACGAGGUUAUAAAGGACCUCCAAGCAGAUCUGGUCAAGGCUCGUGAAGAAGAGGCCGAACUAGAUAAACAGCUUCGAGGCAUCAAGCAAAAACGUUCGGCUCAGGACAAGAGGAUCGAGGAGCUUGAAACAAGGCUUGUUGAGGCCAAGGCGGAGAUUGAGCCAUCGAAAGUCAUGACGGGCAAAUCUAUUUCUAUGGAAACCCUCGAGGAAAUCCACACUCGAGGUUUUGAACUUUCCGAGGAGAUUGCCCGAGCCAAGGCGCUCGAAAUUGAAGCUAGUCAGCUUGUUUCCUUCGACGAUGAAGACGAUGCUGAGGAAGGAAGUCAGGGAGGGUCCGAUGAGGAGCCUGAAGGAGAAGCAGUUCCCGAAGGAGAUAUUGACUCCGGCCGCAGUUAG